AUGAUGACAUGGGUAGCCAGAAACCCAAGUACUCUUGCCUUUUGUAAAAGUACCCAAACUGUUUAACAUCUAAUUGUGCAGCACUAGUUCAAAUUUGUCGUACUUUCCAAUAGUAAAGAGGCUGUGAAACCAGACAAUCUUAAAAUAGAAGAGGAAUGCAGUAUUCCCUAUUUCUGUGAUUCUUAUUAACACUGGGAUUGAUAUGUGUCUGGAUACCCAUGUGCUAUUUCAGAACGGGUACCUCAGGUUCCCACUGCCUGCCUCCUAGUAUAUGUGUCUAGAUAAUUCUAUGCACGCAGGUAUAUUUCAAUGUAAAGACCACAUGUCGGUAAUGACUGCUAGCUGUUAAUCUGGACAUAGAACAUUUGUGGAUGGUCCCUUGAGCUGGUGUAAGCAUGUUUCCUGUAUUGAACUGACACGGUUGUUGGCUGUGUUGUUAAUGUAAGUUGGCAGUUAAUCCGCAGAAGGAAUAUAGAUAUCAUGCAAGCCCUGCAGAGUAUCAGGCCACACUACCAUCACAACAUGUGGGAGCCUGUUCCGUGUCACUGGCUCUGUAGCCUGUGCAGCUCCCACUGUCGUGCUGCUGCAUUGUGUCCUGCUGCCCAGCAGGGCUUUGCAUGACAAGUAUUAUCUAUAUCCUGAGAGCAAGCAACUUAGGAGCUGGAGAAUGAUAGUGUGAAAGUAUGAUUUUAAACUGUCGAUUUAAAUGGAGGAAGGACAAAGACUGGUUUCACAGACCCUGAUUAACGCUAAUCUUGAACCCCUUUUCCACUGGCUCAUCUGCGCCAUGAGGGCCCCAGGAGAACCAAACUGUGAAAAUCUGAAUCUGGCUUGGCGCACGGCCAGGGGCAGGGUUAAUGAUUUUCAUCAUUGUUGCGUCAGUCUGUACGCAGUGUCUAAGGACAAAAUAUCUUGCUAGUCGGGUCCAAAUUACUGCUCUUUCCACCCUGAUGUUACCUGUGGUCUUGGAGUAUGUAGUGUUACCUUAGGAAAGAUAGUCCAUCAUUUAAUGCAUGCUAAUCAGGCUCUGUGAAAACCAGCCGCAUGUAAGGUAGUCCAAGAUUAGAGACGUGCCAACAUGUAAUUGCUCACGAAAGGCGGUACUUUGAAGCUUAGAAUUUAACCAUGAGAACUUUUUGAAAUGUACUUGCAUGACUUGGAUGUCUUAGCCUCUGUGUCACAAUGGCUUUCACAGCUCCACAGCCUAUUUGGACACUUGGUUUACAAGCUGCAGCAGGGUCCGACUUUGCAUGUGUUUUUACUUAUUUCUGCUUCUCUCACCCAGGCUAACAGACCACCAGCAAAGCUCAAUCUAUUAACUUGCCAAGUGAAACGCAACCCGGAUGAGAAAAAAAGCUUUGAUCUCAUAUCACAUGACAGAACAUAUCACUUCCAAGCAGAAGAUGAACCAGAAUGUCAAAUAUGGAUGUCAGUGUUACAGAACAGUAAGGAGGAGGCGCUGAACAACGCUUUCAAGGGCGGAGACCACGAUGUGGGAGAAAAUAACAUUGUUCAGGAGCUCACUAAAGCCAUCCUGGCGGAGGUAAAGAGGAUGACAGGGAACGACGUGUGCUGUGACUGUGGCGCCCCAGAUCCUACAUGGCUUUCUACAAAUCUGGGGAUUCUAACCUGUAUCGAAUGUUCUGGAAUCCACCGAGAGCUGGGUGUUCACUAUUCCAGAAUACAGUCUCUUACUCUGGACAAGUUAGGAACAUCUGAACUCUUGCUGGCCAAGAACAUUGGGAACGCUGGAUUUAAUGAGGUAAUGGAAGCGUGUCUGGCAGCUGAGGAGGUGAUCAAACCCAAUCCCACCAGCGACAUGAAUGCACGAAAGGACUAUAUUACAGCUAAGUACAUAGAAAGGAAAUUUUCCCGUAAGAAGUGUGUUGACAACGCAGCGAAGCUCCACAGUCUUUGUGAAGCAGUAAAAGCCAAAGAUAUUUUUAAUUUGGUUCAAGUCUACGCUGAAGGUGUGGAUAUGACAGAGCCGAUCCCACUGGCAAACGGGCAUGAACAUGAAGAAACUGCACUGCAUCUUGCAGUUAGGCUGGUGGACCGGACUUCUCUGCAUAUGGUUGACUUUUUAGCCCAAAAUAGUGGAAAUCUUGAUAAACAGACGGCGAAGGGCAGUACAGCUCUUCACUACUGCUGCCUGACAGACAACAUAGAGUGCCUGAAGCUGUUACUGAGGGGGAAGGCCUCCAUUGAAAUAGCCAAUGAAGCUGGGGAAACUGCCCUCGACAUCGCAAAAAGACUGAAACACACUCAGUGUGAGGAGCUGCUCGCUCAGGCAUUAUCUGGGAAAUUUAACGCCCAUGUCCACGUGGAAUACGAGUGGAGAUUACACCACGAAGAUCUGGAUGAGAGUGAUGAUGACGUGGAUGAAAAGUCCAGUCCCCAUCGUAGGGAGGAGAGGCCAGUCAGCUGCUUCCAACCUGGCACCAGCCAGCUUCAGCCCACCGCAGCUGCCUUGGCAAGUGAUGCAGUCAACCUGUUGAAGGACAAACAGAGAGGCUACAUCCCCAGUCUAGUCAACAAUGAGACCUACGGGGCAGUCUUGAGUGCUAGUCCACCUCCUAAUCAGACCACUGUCCCUGUGACUACCAACGCACCCCCACUGCCUCCAAGGAAUAUAGGCAAAGUUCAGCUGUCAGUAAUGGGCCCUGGUGUACAGACCACAAGUUCAAACUCGUGGAAGCCUGGCUCUGGGAGUACAGAGGGUUUGAGCAGACAGAGGUCUUCAUCAGAACCACCAGAUAUUCACCCACCUGUACCUCCACUGCGAGGAACGUCAACUUCAAAUCCUCCGCCCAUGGCACCACCGCCCCCUGUGGCUAAAACUGUGAGUGUCAUGGAAGCGAUGAACCUGCAGUCUAAACAGACAGGCCCACCCCCCGUUCUGCCCGUCAAGCCUUCUCCACCGCCACUGCCCCCUCAGCCCCCCGGCAGAGUCCCGCAGUCAAAGUCUCCGGCCAGCAAUGAAAAAACAUUCAACAAAGGACCGGUGGGACACAGAUGUGUACCAAAACCAGUUAAAGAAGCUGCUGCCCCAGCAGUCCCGCAGUCCGGGCCCUCUCAGAACUCAGUGGGUCAGAUCCAGCCGCCGGCACCCAUGCCAAGGAAGUCCGUUCAAAAGCAGAAGCCUAAAAGAGUAAAAGCUAUUUAUAACUGUGCAGCUGACAACCCUGAUGAGCUGACAUUCUCCGAGGGUGAGGUUAUCAUAGUGGACGGUGAGGAGGACCAGGAGUGGUGGCUCGGGCACAUCGAAGGGGACCCGACAAGAAGAGGAGCUUUUCCUGUCACGUUUGUGCACUUCAUUGCUGACUGAAAAGCCUUUCUGAAGGAGGGACAAAAAAAAAACACACAUUUCAGCUUUUGUCAAUGUUUUCAUGUGCUCAUGUGAGGUGUGCUGCACCACUGGGGUUCCAGCAUGCCUCACUUACAACAGGAGGCAUCUCAAAACUGAGGUGGAGUCCUUCUGGUCUGUUGCAAUUCAUUUCCAAGGUCUGAUCCAUCACUGAUCCAUCGCUCCUCUGGCCAUGGUGGAAGCACUGAAUUUCUCCAGCCAUUGCUUUCAUCUUGACUAGGAAGCAUUUUAUGUCAGUAGCAACUAGACACCGAGCCACCUUGUUCUAUGGUUUUAAAAUGAAAAUCCGAGCAAUGAAAGAUUUCAAUUUCUAAGCAGUACAUUUUUAGCUAAUGACUGUAACUUUAUAAUAUGGCUUACAAUGUCAGUAUGUUGCACACCUUUAAAGUUGCUACAUCAAGAAAAUACAAUGUUAAGCCUAGGAGUGAAUGCUACAAAUUUCAAAUGUUAUGGAUCUGAUUUGAACUUGAUUUAGACACCUUAUUGAAAGCAAUGUUGAGGGAUGGAUUGAGUCAGAUGAUAGAGUUCCCUGUUCAAAAGCUCUGUGGAAACUAUUAUACCUCUUUGCCUGCAAAAUGUGAUUGAAUGCCACCAUAGGCAGGUCAUAAAACCAGUGCUUUAUGUUCUGAAUUUGAAUGCUCCCUCUGUAACUUUCACUCCUUGUAGGUAUGCACUUAGUUGCUAGAAUAAUACAUAUACAGCUUGUUGUAAUUAGAGGAUGCUUGCACUGCAUUUUCCUGAAUUUAGUUAAACACUGAGUAUGAUGGAUUUGCAGUCCACCUGUUUCAGGUGUAAUAUAAUUACGAAAGUAGAGGUUUAUUCCAGAUUGCCUUUUAAUGUGAUGCACAGUAUAUGGACUGCGCUAAAUAUUUUUUAAUGAUUGUUUCAGCUAUAUAAAGUCAUUCACACAACCCCACAGUAAAGUUAAUCUAGUUCCAGGCUACAUUACAUUCUAGGGGCACACAAUUCAGGGGUAACAAAGAGAGAGAUUUAAAACAGCCUACCUAAACCAUACAAAAAUCAAACUGAAGAGGUAACAAACCCAUGAAUACAGAUUAUAAGCUCAUUUACAUUUUUAAUGAUGUUCUAUGAAUUCACAUGGAAGAUCUUUUAUAUUUUAAAGAUUUUAAGGGACCAUAAAUUCAGUUGUGGACAGAGAUACGUUCAUGUGUGGGUUUCCAAAUCUAGGCCAGUACCACCAUUCCUGAUUUUGCUGUUUUUAAGGCUUUAAAGCAACAAGUGGCGUUUGAAACACGGCAAAAGUACUUUAUUAU